AUGACAGAGGAGCAAUAUGUUGCAAAUAUUGUCGAAUUUACUGGCGGCAUAAACGUGAAGGUGAACGAAGAUGGCAUAAAACCCGAAAAGGGGACAAAAAAAUCCAUUCUUAAGUUCGGCUAUGUUUUGGGAGCCACCAUUGGCACUGGAACCUAUUCCAAAGUAAAGUUAUGCUAUUCUAAGAAGAUACACGGGAAUGUGGCAGUAAAAUUGGUUCCCAAGAAAACUCAUCCGGAAGAUUACACAAACAAGUUUUUACCAAGAGAAAUAGCUUUGCUUCAGAAACUUGAACACCCCGGUUUGGUACAUUUAAUAGAAGUUUUUGAGACACCAAAUACAAUGUAUCUAGUUAUGGAUUAUAUGCCAAAAGGAGAUUUACUAGACUAUGUUAACUCUGUCGGUAGUUUGCAUGAAGCCGAUGCCAGGCGUUUGUUCAGACAGCUGAUAGACGCAGUGUCGUAUUUACAUCAAAACAAAGUCUACCAUAGAGAUAUCAAAUUGGACAACAUUUUAAUUGAUGCUCAAUACAACAUCAAACUGUCUGAUCUUGGUUUUGCAAGGUUCAAUCCUCGCAAUGAACAGUUACAUACAUUCUGUGGAUCGUAUCCUUAUGCCCCUCCCGAAGUGCUGGAUGGUGAAAAUUAUAGUGGCGCUGAAGCUGAUGUUUGGAGUACUGGAGUUUGUUUAUAUGGUAUGUUAAAUGGUAAACUUCCCUUUAAAGAUACAGAUUAUGAUGUUUUAAGAGAAAGUAUGAAUGGGUGUCUGAAGUUUUACAAACGUGUUUCUAGAGGUAAAGGUCAUUCUUAUACGCCCACAUGA